AACAGUUGAGCAUUUGCCCAAAAUACAAUUUGAUUAGCUUCAGGCACAGGUUCCAGCAGUGCGCGGCGAUCGAGUGUGCGAAGUUCAGAGUUAAGUGGCGAAUCGAAUUAAUGGUCGGCGGUUAUACGGUUAUGGGUUAGACAUGGGCCCUUGAGGAAAUAUUGUCACGUAGGUGCACGUAUGUGGACACCAUCUUGAGGGCGUCCCUCGGCGUGCCAUUUAUGACUGCCAAAAUGUUCGUGUAUAAAAAGUCUGCGAUUCGCAGUCGAUAUCAACAUUCUAACAGCAACCAGCAACAGUUCGACAUGGCUUUCAAGUUCACCAGCUCUCUGCUCAUCCUGGCUGCCAUCGCAGCGGUGUCUGUGGCGGAGCCGGCACGUCUGCGCAAUCGCUCAUCCCGCUUGCGUUUGGCUCGCCAGGAGGAGGCGCCGCCAGCGCCUGUGGAUCCAGUUGUGGACGUCGCUCCAACGCCUGCCCCGGCACCUUACCCGCCUGCAGGUGUCACGCCCGCCAUACCCUUUGACCUGCCCACCGAGACGGAGACCGAGGCGCAGCCCGAUCUGACCUAUGGCCCACCUGACAACACCUAUGGUCCACCACCCGCCGAGCCGGACAACACCUAUGGCCCGCCACCUGCCGAGCCCGACAACACCUAUGGCCCGCCCCCUGCCGACUCUGCCGCUGAUCUGGACCAAGACCAGGAUCUGGCUCCAGCCGAUGCCGAUCCAGCUUCAGAGCCCAUUCCCGCCAGCCUGAUCCUUGCACGCAACGGCCGUCUGCGCCUGCGCCGUCCUGCAUCAGAGAAGCUGCGCUCCGCUCAGAUCAUACGGUCCAAGCCCAUUCUGGUCUACACCAUCCAAUAGAUGGACUGUUGUUACGAAUGUUCUCCACGAGU